AUGGCGAUGAAGCAAAACGGGCAUUCAAAUGGCUUUUUAAAUGGCAACGGUACAUCCAAACUACAUGGUGAAAAAUUACAACAUCGCGGAAAAUCUAACAACAGUAACGGAGUCUCCAAAAAACCGUUCAAAUGGUUCUUUAGCUUUCUUACUUUAGAUACUAAAAUGAAAAGCAAUGACGACGAGUGGAUGUAUUCAGAGGAGCCUCAUAGUGAACGUCGAAAGGAAAUCUUAGACAAGCAUCCAGAAAUCAAGUCUCUUAUGGGACCAGAUCCGUGGAUUGUUGUGCCUGUGACAAUCUCAGUUUUAUCACAAAUUAUUCUGUGUUGGUUGAUAAAGGACGCUUCCUGGGUCACCUUGGUUGCCAUGGCGUAUUGCAUCGGGGGAGUCUUCAACCAUUCGUUGGGGUCAGCCAUUCAUGAAAUCGGACAUAACCUAGCAUUUGGACAUGGGAAAUAUGCAUGGUGGAAUCGAGUACUGAGUUUGUGGUGUAAUCUACCACUAGUGGUCCCUAUGGCCAUUUCCUACAAGAAGUAUCACGCCGAUCAUCAUCGAUACCUUGGUGAGGAAAUGCAGGACGUUGAUAUUCCAACUCGACUUGAGGCUUAUUUGUUUCGUCAUCCUCUAACAAAAAUUAUAUGGCUGUUCUUCCAUCCUGUUAUCCACGCUAUUCGACCAUUUUAUAAAAGCCCCAAACCACUGACCGGUUGGGAGAUCAUCAAUACAAUCGUCCAGUCCAUCUUUGUCAUCGUUAUCUUUAAAUGUUUCGGCGCCAAAGCUCUAAUAUACUUAGUCGCAGGAACCAUGCUGUCUCUAGGACUACAUCCUCUGGCUGGGCAUUUCAUUUCUGAGCAUUACCUCUUCACUAGAGGCCAGGCUACACACUCUUACUACGGGCCGCUGAACUUUAUCCUGUAUAACGUUGGGUACCAUAAUGAGCACCACGACUUUCCAUACAUUCCAUACACACGCCUGCCAGAACUCAAGCGCCUUGCACCCGAGUACUACGACAAUUUGCCUUACCAUUCGUCUUGGGUUAAGGUAGUGUGGGAUUUUAUAUUUGAUAAAAACAUGGGCCCCCACGCGCACGGUGUUGGCUAUCCGAAAGACUUAUCUCAAGUACAGCUGUCUUAG